UGCCGAUGCUGGCCGGCGGUGCCGGGCGCACAGAACAGCAAUGGGCUGACGGUGAAGCUGGAGGAUGGGAUGGUUGGGGUGGCGAGCAUGAAGGUGGUGAAGGUGAGGAGGGGAGGGAAUGGGGGCAACGGGAAGGAGGGGAUUGAGAGUUGGGGCGGUGGGGCGAAUUUGGGGAAGAAUUUGCCGACGCCGAAGGAGAUUGUUAAGGGGCUGGACAAGUUUGUCAUUGGACAGGACAGAGCAAAGAAGGUGCUAUCUGUGGCUGUUUACAAUCAUUACAAGAGAAUCUACCAUGCAUCCUUACAGAAAGGGUUAGCAGAUGAUGCAGGUCAAUUUUCUCAAAGCAAAGACAAUGAGAAUGUUGAGCUAGAGAAAAGUAAUGUACUCCUGAUGGGUCCAACUGGCUCAGGGAAAACAUUAAUUGCGAAGACAUUGGCUCGCUUCGUGAAUGUGCCAUUUGUUAUUGCAGAUGCAACAACUUUAACUCAGGCGGGGUAUGUUGGAGAAGAUGUUGAGUCAAUAUUGCACAAGUUGCUUUUGGCUGCUGAGUUCAAUGUGCAAGCAGCUCAACAAGGCAUGGUGUACAUUGAUGAAGUUGACAAGAUAACUAAAAAGGCAGAAAGCCUAAACAUUAGCAGAGAUGUGUCUGGUGAGGGUGUACAACAGGCAUUACUGAAGAUGCUUGAAGGAACUAUAGUCACAAUUCCUGAGAAGGGAGGUCGGAAGCAUGGACGUGGUGACAGUGUACAGAUAGAUACGAAAGAUAUUCUUUUUAUAUGUGGUGGUGCUUUUGUUGACUUGGACAAGACCAUUUCAGAAAGACGACAAGAUUCUUCCAUAGGUUUUGGAGCACCAGUUCGUGCAAAUAUGAGAACUGGCAAUCCAACAAAUGCUAUGGUGACGUCAUCCUUAUUGCAAUCCGUUGAAAGUGGUGACCUCAUUUCAUAUGGCCUCAUACCAGAAUUUAUUGGACGGUUUCCAAUACUUGUUAGUUUACUGGCUUUGAACGAGGAUCAACUUGUUGAGGUCCUAACAGAACCCAACAAUGCUCUUGGCAAACAAUACAGGAAAUUGUUUAGUAUGAAUAAUACUAAACUGCAUUUUACAGAGAAUGCCCUAAGGCUGAUAGCUAAAAAGGCCAUGGUUAAAAACACAGGCGCACGGGGUCUAAGAGGUAUUUUGGAAAGUAUUCUCAUGGAGGCCAUGUAUGAGAUCCCAGACGUAAAACCAGGAAGUGAGAGAGUAGAUGCAGUCAUGGUGGAUGAAGAGUCUGUUGGCUCCCUUGAUAGACCGGGUUGUGGAGCUAAAAUUCUUCGAGGAGAUGGUGCACUAGAUCACUAUCUUUCUGUAAACGCAGGGAAGGAUUCACUGGCCCCUAUUGGUCGGUCUGAAAAGGAGGCAGCAGGAGAAACAGAAACAACGUCUAGAGCCAUGAGUCUCUAAUCUUUUAGCAAAUUUUUCUGUAAACUUGUAAAAUUUUCUUUUAUAUUUAUCAUUGUUGUAAGCAUUCAUCGAUCGUUAUAGUCAUUAUAGUCAACCUUUGCUUAUUUAUCAAGCAAAGUGUUGUUCUAACAUAACCAAUGAUGUAUCAUUUGUUCAAGAGCCCUUUCUGUGGCGUUUAUAAUUUAAUAAAAUUCCAUUCAUUCUUUUCUCACAA